AUGGCUACCAUAUCAACAACUACACAAAGUGAGGUUAGCAGCCCUUCACAACUGCCUACCUUCGUUUUUCCCGCACGAGCUUCUCCAUCAUCUAUUUCCGCAACAUUCCCAAGAACCUCGGGUCGACGGCCAAUGUCAAUACCUACCGAAUUGCCAAGUUUCUCCUUCAAUCCUUCGACGACGACAACACCAUCGCCCGCGAGCCCUGCACUUUCUCCACCAAUCUCUCCAUGUUUCGCCAAUUUCGAUCUAUCAAAUUCCCCUAGAGCGGCUGGACAUCGCAGAGGUACCAGCGAAUUCAUAGGUGGAGAUGGCAAGGUAGGCUCGAGUGCGGGAUUGAUGAGCACAAGUCCAACCCAAGGGGAAAAUGCUUUACCGCCACCUAAUCCGGGAAGACGUGGACAUGCACAUAGACGUUCCGCUGCUGUAUCCGCACACGAUAUCAAAAUGAUUCUGAACCCUACCGCUCCAAACACACCGUCAAUUCCACGAGGAGGAUCCGCCCCAAAUUCUCCAUCUGGUCAUGAGAGUCAACAAGGUGUAAUUGGCCUCGCUAAAUCUACCAGCAAUGACGAAGUCUCUCCCAUCAAACCCUUCAAUCGUGCUCGUGUCGGUUUCUCGGACAAUGUGGAAUUCAUUCCUCGGCCCGUGAGCGUGGUGUCUAGUGACACAUCUAGCACAGUCACAAUGCGACCAUCUCACUCAGUAUCGAAUUCCCUGAGCUCUGUUGUGUCUGGAGGAACUGUUACUCCACCAGCUAAUAUCACUCCUCCGAAUAAGGACCUUCUCGCCUUGCCAUCGCCCAAUAUUCGAGGUGCAGAUUCACGUCCCAGAACUGCCAACGCCAUCUUAGACCCCAUCAAGGAUACAACUCAAUCGACAGAGACUUGUCCAUCUUCAAGACGACGUGGAUCCAUGCCUUUACUUGAUGAUAUCCAGAUUGUUGCCCCUCCAAGCCCUAGGAAGAAGUGGACAUUCUUCGGACACGAGCCAGUAUCUGGUAACUCUUCGCCAAGCCGAUCACGUCCUGUUAGCUCGACGUCCAUGGAUAGACCGGAACCUAAUGCGCCAGUGUGCUCGCCAGCAAGUCCCAGAUUUGACCAUCAUGAUAUUUACUACAUGCCAUCCAUCGAACCCUCAAGUUCACGUAGGUCUUCGAUUUCAAGAAAAUCUGGCAAAAAACAAAAGAAAGUCAAGUCAUGGGCAGGAUCGAUAUUGUCGAGGAAAUCUCGCAGUCGCGGUCAGAAGAAAAAGGGAGGCCGCCGUUCUGCGACACCUCCUUUGCGUCCUUACACGGCAAUGAGUGACUCCGCAGCAGUUGAGAUUCAGCCAUUACCUGUUCAUGCUGAAGAAUCCCCCGCUCCUGAGCAACAAGACUAUGCAUCGUGGAAACCAAGACAGACUUAUCCAUCUGAUGACGAUGCCAUGAGUCCUAUUAUUGAUCUAGAUGCUGCUCUCGGUCCAUUCAACACCCCUUCCUCCUACGGAGCCGAAUGGGAAUCGUCACAAAAGACAACAUCCAAGAGACGAAUGCAUAGUGCAGCAGGCAUGGGCGGAUUCAUAGGACCGGGCAUGCAUUAUCAUCGACGAGCUGAAAGUGCUCCUGAGAUGGUUCCAUUUGAAAAUAGAUUCGGCAUACAUCGUCUUGGUAGCAGCUCCACCAUGGCUGAUGUAUUUGAAGAAGACGAGGAAGAUGAUGAAUGGGAGGAUACGAAGGCUUCUUCGGACAAAGAUUCCAUAGCCAGAACCGAGGAUGAUGAUCAAAAUGCACUCGGCAUUGACAUCAAGGUCGUUGACGCAGAAGCAUCCAAUAGCGACAAGAACAUGGAUUGGUCACUGGAUGAAACACCAAGCGUAAAGCAAAAGGAUAGUGCGUUCAGUGAAGGUGAAAGCAAGGACACCAGUGCAAGCCUGAAAUCUGGCCACUCUAAUAUGUCUUUGAGGGAUGAACCAACAAUGGAAGAGGAAUCUGUUAGCCCAAUCGAAAUUGCAGACGACUCUAUUCCUCCCAGACCCGAUUCAGGUGCACGAUCCUCGGAGUCUACAGCGACUCCACCCUUUCGACCUCGACCCGUCAAAGAUCUAGCACCUGUUGAGAUUAAUCCCUUUUCGCUACAGCCCGCGUAUCUUACCCCAAACAGUCCCCACUCGACCACUCACUCCUCGUUUCCAUCCCCCAGGUCACCAUUUUCAUAUGAUACACAACGCAUAUCCACGGCUCCAUCGUCGAUUGCAGAUGAAAAUGCUUUCCAAUCCUUGCUCCUUGGUGAACCUGGACCAGAACUGAGAAUGUCUGUUGAUGAUGUUCCAUCGCUAACAAGUAGCAAUUCUACCAUGACAAGGGAGAGUGGCGCGAAUCCAGGUUACGUAUUUCGCGAUGGUCAACGUUCGGUUUCUGUCUCUUCUGCUAGUGGUCCGACCCGCAAACGCUCUAGCAUGGCCAGCUUGCAACGAUUGAUAAGCAGUUCCCAUGGGGAGAGAAGCAAAUUAUCCAUUGAAUCUCGUGCUCCUAGCAAUCCCGAAUUGGAGAGAAAAGAUAAAGGAAGCAAGAGCAAACGGAUCAGUCGUAUGAUUCAAUUCUGGAAGCCUAAGGAGACGAAAGAAUCAACAUGA